AUGCCUAUCCCGAUUCCUAUCCAAUUCCUAUACGGGCCGGCAGAAAUUGCUUUGAAGGAACUACUCAUUUUGCGAAUCGAUUUCCUCCCAUUCUGGAAAUGGAACCCAUCGCAACGCCUAAGCCAGGAUGCUAGAAAAUUGCUAGACAUUUGUCAGGCUCUCAAAAACAGUAGAUUCAGGCAAUCGUCACUGGAUGAUGUGAAACUUCCCUUUGAUAACGACUUUUGCGCCUUGAUGGGGAAAGCGUUGCGCGAUCUCAGUUAUGGUACUGUUCUAAUGCUAGCGCUGAUAACCUGGCAUUUUGAUGCUUCAUCUUCUCAAGCGUCGCAGGGCUUGAUGACUUUCUUAAGACAGCCUCACGAUAAUGAAGUGAGAAGAAUAAUUGGAGGCCGCUACCAAAGCAUUAUGUGUGACACGGCCACUCCGAACUUUGACUUUUUGCUUGCCCUGAACUGA